AUGAUAUACGGAUUUACGCCCGUCCUGCUGUUUGAAGCCUCUCAUUGGAACUGGCUGGGACGAUCGCUCUAUCUACUGCUUCUAUUUCUCCUAUCCAUCAAAACAAACACACAUGCUUUAUCGUUGAAGGGCUCUUCCGUCGCAGAAUGCUGUGUGCAUCCCUUCUUCUAUCUCCUGUCUGCGCUCCUCAUCCACCGAAGCCACGCCCAGGAGUGCGACUCCUCUGCACCAACAAUAGAACUUCCUAUCGGAAAUGGCACGAUAGGAGAUGACCCGGGGUCGGUGCGAUGGGGCCUGAGUAUCAGUGUCGGCACUACCCCCCAGCAAAUUGUCGCUGCGAUAAACCCUGGUUGGAACAACUCGUGGCUCUGGGGAAGCCAGCGUGAAUGCACCGGUCGAAUCUCCCAGGACAACUGCAUCUGGUUUCGCGGAGGAGUGUUUAACGAAAAAGAAAGCUCCUCCUGGGUCCCCACUGAGAUCCCCGACGGUAGCAUCGGGCUCGGUCGCGCCUCGUCUUUUCUCGAUGUGCUUACGGCUCAGAAAAAGAUUGCUUCCAGGACGUGGUCGCUGUCCUGGGGCUGGCAGGGAUUGGAGGCGUUCCACCAGAUGAAGGGCAACCUCGUCCAGGGUGGCUACGACAGGGCGAAGAUCAAGGGAGAUAACUUUACAAGGGACUUUGUGGAUGUGAAGGAGUGCACGAGUGAAUUAAUGGUCUACGUGAAACAAAUUUACAUCACGACGUGGUAUGGGGACAGAACGGACGUUUAUAAGUCUUCGGGUUCGACUCUCAAUGCCUGUCUCAGGCCUGAUAUCUCGCCUAAUUCGCUGCCUGAUCACGUCUUCAAUAAUUUCAAACGCCGUUUACCUGGGAAGUACCUCGGACCUGCAGGUGGGAUAUAUGAUAACUCUAUCUUGCAUGACAGUAAAGAUAUCUUCCGAGGGAAUCUCACGUUUACCCUCGACUCCGGCCUUAGCAUCACGGUGCCAAACCAUCAACUAGUCCUCCCCAACACCGUCAUAAACCGCGACGGUCACCAGACAUUCGCCAACGACUCCCGUGUAAUCCCAAUCCACAACGCUGGCCGGCAGGGUGCUUCCCUAGGCCAAUCCUUCCUCUCCUACGUGUACAUACACGUCAACAACGAUCUCAAAAGGUUCUCCAUCUGGCAAGCCAACCCAACAGAAGAGACAGAUAUAGUCGGUCUCGCCGCGGGUUCCUGCGAUCCUGACCCCGCAAAUGACUCCGGCUCCGCGAACUCGGACAGCAAGCUGGGAAGGGGCGCCAUUGCCGGCAUCGUCAUUGGCGCAGUGGCUGGUAUCGCGCUCGUCGGACUAGCUAUAUGGUUCCUUAUCUGGCACAAGCGGAAGCGCACGCAGAACCAAGAUGCACGGUUAUCCCAAGCCCAUUCGCAAGCCGUUAUGGCGGCCGAGUCGAAGAAUCGGAUUCCCGAGCUGGAUGAUACUGGGUUGCCGAAUCCGGCUUCCGGGGCGGCAAAGUACGAUCCAGGUGUGAUGGGUGGGAGGUAUGUGAGCGAGAUGCCCACUUCCCCGCUGCCGCAGACACAAGAAACCCCAGUCGAACUGCCAGCUGAUAAUGUGCGGUAUGCGGAUGGCCCUGUUUGA